UUCCUUUAAAUUCUGUAUUCAUUUUAUCGAUUUUAUACAAAAUGUAAUUUGCUUACAUCAUGUGCACGUAUGCAAGAUUUGCUAUUUGUCAAAACAUAACACUUACAGACUGCAACAGUGAUGCCAAUGUCUUGUUUAGCGAGUAUAGAAAAACAUGCGUUUUUUGCGAGUGUUGCUAUUUUUUGCCACAAAUCGGAGAGGCCUAAUAUACCUAUUGUUACAUUUAAAUGUUAUAGUUAUCAUGUCUACUUUUACAUUACAUGGUUCCGAAUAUUGGGCUUUAAAAAUGGUGGUUUGGUCUUUUCGUUUAAAAAGCUACUGGCAGUACUGAUUGUUAAAUAAGCAAAACUAUUGUGAAUAAUAAUUUUUUAUAUUGAGAGUUGAAUUUUGUUUUGUUUAUGUUGCGCUUUAGUUUAAAAUGCAAAUUCAAAAAUAUACUGAACAAUCUUUAAUUUCAAAAAACUUCGAUUCAAGUCAAGACAACGAAGACGGUUUUGAUGAGUUGUGGUGCAGAACAUGCUGCGAGAAAAUUAGUUUGAGAUUCCUGCAUUUGUUGACAAAUGAAGCUAAUGUGCCUUCUUUGUCGAAUAUGUUGUCAGAAAUAGCCAAAAUUGAUGUGAAAACUAAACACGGUGAUGGGUUCCCCGAGCAUAUUUGUGACAAUUGCGUAUACAGACUGAAAAUAGCUUACAACUUUGUUUUGCAAGCCCAGCAAUCUAAUGAAUACUUUGAGCAGAUGACUUGUAUGCUACUGAAGCAAAACUUGAACAAUUCACAACAAACACCUAUAACUAUGACAGAAAAUCUUACUUGCAAAUCUGAGUUUUAUGAUGAAUUUGCGAAUAUAGAGAAAAGCAAUGUUGACACGAACUCGGAGAGCUAUGAAAAUAUCUUUGAAGAUGUUACAGUAAAAGAUGAAACUUUACUUGAUGAGGAAAAUAAUGAUGAAGCAUUAGUGAAAUCUAUGGAUAUUCCGUCUCCAAAUAUAGAAAUGAAUAAUGACGACUGUAGAAGGAAAAAUGAUCGAAAGAUUGUUUACAUGCAAACAAGGAAACUAAAUAACAAACGGUAUGUAUGGAACCCAGCAGCGGAACAAGCGUUGUUUGAGCUGUGGGAAUCGAAUUUAAAACACCUUACUCAAACGCGUAGGAAAGGACACAUAUAUAAUGAAAUAUCUGAACAACUAAGUAGCAUUGGAUUUUAUCAUAGUGCCCGCGAAGUACAAGUGAAAAUAAAUAAUAUGACUCAAAAAUACAGAAAAGAAAAUCGCAAAAUAAAAUCUUCAGCUGAAUCACAGUCAAUGUGGAUACAUUAUGAAAGAGUGAAGAGAAUUAUUGGAGAUUUCAAAUGCAAGAAUAUUGAACAACUCCAAACAGAAAACGUUGACGUAUGUUUGGAUGAUUCAAUAUCUAUUGAUGUAAACAUAAGGACACAAUCUUCAUUGUCAAGAAUAACAGAUAGAUCCGGCCUAAUGCCACCAUCGCCAUCAUAUUUAGAAAGUACAUCACCAAUAUCGUUGGAAAGUUCGAUGGUAGAAUCAACGCCUACGUCGCCAAAACCGAAAAGAAGAAAAUCAAAUUCUUUUCAACAAAGGAUAUUAACCAAUUCGAAGAAAUCAAAAGAAACACCAAUAUCUUUGACAGAAAAUCUUACUUGGGAACCUGAUGAUAAUAGCGAUUCAGAUGCGCAAUAUGAAAUGAAAAAUAUAAAAGCACAAAGUAUAAAUAUUGGUACAAUUUUACAAAGUUCUAAAAAUUCUUUUAAAAAUAAUGUUGAACAAAAAGAUGAAAUGACUUCUGGUGUAGAAAAUGAAAAAAUUAAAAUUAAAGAUCUCUGCUUAAAUGAAUCCAUAACAUCGGAAAAAUUGGUGGAUACGCCAUUAUCAAAUAUAAAAAUAAAUCACAAUAGAAAAUAUAAAAGCAAAACUUAUCAGAGUAUUGCUUUAUUGCUUACACGAAAGCAAAAAGAAAAGCUAUAUAGUAUAAAUCAAAAACGAGAUGUAUGGAGCCCCACAGAAGAACGAGCUUUACUAGAGAUAUGGGAACUUAAUUCGUGUCGCCUAAGUCGUACACGUAAAAAUGGGCACGUCCAUAAAGAAAUAUCUGCAGAGCUUAGUAAACUCGGAUUUGUGCACAAUCCCCGCGAAGUACAAGUGAAAAUGAAUAACAUGAUUCAAAAAUAUAGAAAACAAAAUCGCGAAUUACAGUUUUCAGGCGCAUCUGAGACUGUGUGGACAUAUUACGAAAGCUUAAAGAGAAUUAUUGGAGAUUUAGAAUGUGAGAAUAAGAAACAAUUCCAAGUAAAGAGCUUUAAUGUUGCUCGCUUACAAGAUCCAAUUAUAGUAAAAUCUAUGGAAUCACCAAUUCCAGAUACAGUAAUAAAUAACAUCACAAGUUGCAAAAGCAAGACUCAUCAAAAGAUUGUUUCACUGCGCAACCGAAAACGAAAGAAGAUUUAUCAAAAAAAUAACAAACGGUAUGCAUGGAGCCGAGAAGCGGAACAAGCUUUAUUUAAGCUAUGGAAGUCGAAUUUAAAACAUAUUCUUGGUACACAUAGAAAAGAGCAUAUAUAUAAAAAAAUAUCUGUACAGCUUGCAAAAAUUGGAUUUCACUACAGUGCCCGUGAAAUUCAAGUGAAAAUAAAUAACAUCACUCAAAUAUAUAGACAUGUUUACUCUUCAUAA